UGCGACUGCGGUUGUUGCUACUUCCGAUCCCGCACCAGUUGCGGCUCCGCCGCCAGUUGUCACCCCAAAAGCAGUUACUCCAAAAGCGGUAACCCCGGUGAGACAACCAUCGGAGGAAAUGCCGAAACCGGUAAAGCUUCUUGCAGUAAACCUGCUGAGCAGUGUAUACAGGUGGAGAAAUCAUUCAAGCAGUUUGGUUUAGAUGCUUGGUUCAAGCCGGAGAAAUUGCACCCGAAAGUGGAAUCGCUGAUCUACUGGCGCGAUGUUAAGAAAUCAGCAAUCGUGUUCGGCAGUGACCUAACAAUCCUGCUCGCCAUGUCGCUAAUUUCGUUGAUCAGUGUUUUCUCGUACGUUUCGCUGCUGGUCCUGCUCGGAACCGUUUCGUUCCGAAUCUACAAGAACGUGCUUCAGGCCGUACAAAAGGCCUCCGAAGGACACCCGUUCAAAGAAUACCUGGACUUUGAUUUGACCCUAUCGCAAGAGAAAGUAUCAGCUGCGGUUGCUGUAGCGCAUGCCAACGCUCUGCUGUUGGAGUUACGCCGUCUGUUCCUGGUGGAAGAUGUAAUCGAUUCUAUCAAGUUUGGCGUUGUCCUUUACUGCUUAGCCUAUGUCGGUGCCAUUUUCAACGGAAUGACGUGUGUCAUCAUUGUAUUCGUUGCACUAUUCACCUUGCCAAAGGUCUACGAAAAUAACAAGCAGUCGAUAGACGCUUACUUGGAACUGGUCAGAAGCAAAAUUCUGGAAAUCAUCGAAAAAUUAAAAGCCGCCGUUCCUCUGGGAAAGAAAGCCGAACUCGAUAAGGAGAAAUAAGUUGAUAGCUUGUAAUUGUAAAAAAAACCCUUUUAUUUUUUUUUGUAAUUGUAAAAAAAUCCCUUUUUUUAAUCCACAAUAGUGCUAUCCAUUGGUCUCUGCGCGCAGAUAAACUUCUCACGCUCCUUAUAACCAGUGACGAAACUCGUAUUGAUAUAAUCCGACAUGGACAGUCCGUUCAUCGUCGACUUUACGCGCGUCUGAUCAUAAG